GUCGUCUAUCGGGUCCCACGAACACGUACGUUGGUCUACGACGAACCACGACCACAACCCAGACCAGUGCAAACCCGUACCCUCGUCCCAAUUGAACCUCCCCCGGAACCAGUGAAUGAUCCAGUGUAUGACGUUGGCCGUUUUGUUACAAAGGUAUGCAUGUUUCAAUGUCUCUUCAUUUUAAUAGAAAGAACGCACAAGUUGUAACAAACCUGACUUGUAGUAAUGCUGUUCCAAUAACUUGUCAACAGGAUGUGUUCGCACUGCUUGUUCUCAGCUUGUUGACAAGUUGUCAACGGCUUGUUGACAACUUGCUACAAGGUUGUUGAGCUCAACAGACUUGUUACAAGUUGUUCCAACAACUUGUUAUCGUCCUGCAAUUCAACAAUUUGUCAACAAGUUGUGAGUGACAACCUUGUAGCAACUUGAUAAAAUAACAGCGUCGUUACAACUUGUCGACAAGCUUGCUACAAGCCUGUUGCGAACACAUCUUGUUGACAAGUUGUGAGAUUUUUACGUGUCCCUGCCGUUAAUGUUGGUGUUUUUUAAUAAAGUUAAUUCAUAGUUUAUUUCUGUCACAGGUUCAUCCAACACCAGACCAGCCUGGCGUAGAGAAAGAUUUCAUCGUCAAUCCCAACUUUAGGAGAGAAGAGACGCUCUCUGAACCACUAGAUCCUGAGCCCGUUCACUACGGAAGACAUGAAGUAGUGCCACCCGUUCGCUAUAUCCAGCAGGAGCCCGCACCAGUUCGAUACGUACGUCGGGAAAAGCCGGAACAGGUUCGUUACGUACGAAAACCAACGGUCGUUUAUGAAAGACGUCCGCGCGUGGUCGACGAGCGUGCUUUGGUGCCGGUUACAAGAGCUCGCCCAAAGGGACACAUGAUAAUUCACGCUGAUCAUCCCAGACCAUCAUACAUCAUACGAAAACCUGGUCAGCGACCUCUUGUCGCUAUACGACGCCGAAGAGCUUACAGGUAAAUCAUUCGCUGUUGAAGUGACAUUUUGUUUUUUAGGGAAAAUGGAAAUCGCAGAGUGGGGAAUCGAACCCGUGGCCCUGCCAUUCCGGUGCAGCGCUCUAACGGAAUGAGCUACAGAGGCCAGUUGUCAAGCUUCAAUUGCAAGUUCAUGUAUUGGUACUAAUAUAUAUAUAUAUAUAUAUAUAUAUAUAUAUAUAUAUAUAUAUAUAUAUAUAUAUAUAUAUAUAUAUAUAUAUAUAUAUAUAUAUAUAUAUAUAUAUAUAUAUAUAGUAUGUAUACAGCUAUUUCAAUUAAGGUUGUCUACGAGCAAAGCGGAAAAGUCGAAUACGGGCGUGAAAGGCUGCUGGGCAUCGCUAACAAAUUAAUGAAUUUUCAAAGCGAUUCCCAGCAGCCUUUCGCGCUCGUAUUCGACUUUUCCGCUUUGCUCGUGGACAACCUUAAUUGAAAUAGCUGUAUAUAGCACAAUAUGCAGACUGCAGACAUGCAUUCUACGCCUCGUCAGUGCAGCUUGGUAGCCUUGGUACACGUGUAGAUAUGCAAGACAUAUUUAUACCAUAUAUAUCUCGUAUUUAUAUCACAUGAGCUUGCUCUCACCAAGGCAUGUGGUACAACACGAUGACAUCAACGCAUCCAAACAUGCGCAGAGCAUAAUGGGGCCAGAAUGCUCAAACAACCACAAGGGAAGUGAGCUUUGCAUUAUCGCCAAUAGACACCCAUUAACAAGUGCUGAACAACACCAAAGUAGAGGAGUGUAAUAUAUGUAUAUUAAGGUGAUCCAAUGUAAGGUAUAUGGGUUAUUUGGAGCAUCUACACUUGAACUAAUCGUAAAAGGUUUAGAUCAAUUUUUUGAAAGAUUGUAUAGUUGUUAGGGUGGGUCAGUUUCAGUCAAUGUUGACUCGUUUCUUUAAUAUACCCACUUAGUACCACAGGACAUGAAAUUACAACCAAAUUUUCUGUAUUCUUAUCUCUCUACAGCGACGAGGGACCUGGUCUCAUGCGUGCCCGCGAGAUCAGACCACAGCCAAAACGACGAGUUUACAGCAGCCGGCCUCAUCCUCAACGUACGUUCACCACGGGACCAGACGCGGCCAGAGUUCCUUGGCAACGAGCUAGAGCAAACAGCGACGAGGGUCCACGACUCUACCGAGAAGGUCCAUCAAGAAUCUACACGGACAGAGAAAUUGCAAUGGCACGAGGACAGCCCCCACAAGUCCCAAGUGGAGCAGCAAAACCCAGAGUGUUUAGCGACGAGAAUAUUGGCACAGCCAAUAUGGGGAAUAAUCCACCGACAGCUCAUAUUCACCAGGCGAGAAAUGAAGAUUAUGAUAGGAUCCUUGAAGCAAAUCUUACCUCUGCUGAUAAAUGGAGUAAAAGGCCGGCUACGCCUUACUAA